CCUGGACGGGUCGUUGAUAGUCAUCGGUGUUAUUUAUUCGCGGAAUAUUAAACCUACAUUUCGGUUUCUGUUCACGCCUCUCGAAGAAACCGUCGGCAGCAGAUGACUCAGUCUUUGGUGUGAUUUCGCCCGGCGCGGUAGAACUUUGACUCUUCUCUCGGCAAACAAAUGUGACAUCGUGCGAUCCGAGGUGAUCUGGGUUUUGCCCCAAGUGCAAGUGAUUGGCGCUCCCAUUACCCAGUGUCAUAAAGUGCUGUGAUCUUCGGUGCAUUUUAGUCAUACAAAAGGUGCCUUUCUCCGAUUAACCCGCGAGUGAUUGAUUCGUCUAGACGAUUUGAUUGGCAGGUUGGAAAUUGUUUCGAGGACACACCUUCGCCGCGAACCUUUCGGUCCAACAUAACCGUCAGCCAUCUAUUGCACCACGCGUUGGAUUGCACCGUCUUGAAGUGAAGAAAUUCCAAACUGUCGUGUGAAAAGUGCUGCUUCCAAGUACAGCAGAGAGCGAACGGGGAGGAAAAAAUCGUAAAAUAGAUUACGCUGAAAUGAUGAAAAUGAAACUAGUUCUGCUGCCGCGGCUGCAGCCCACCGUCCUGCUGCCAUUGCUAUUGCUGCUGCAAAUGGAUUCGACGAUCGCCGAUGGGGCGGUUUUCCAAAGUGAAAGCUGCUCGGACUCGGAAGCGCUCGUCUUCUACCGGAUCAGGCUGGUGGCCAACUGGAGCAAGAAGGUAUUUCCGAAGCACUAUCCCGAGUUUCGGCCUUCACCACAGUGGAGCAUCACCUACGGGCAAUCCCACAACAACUCAUUUCAUUUGUUCCGAAUGAAGGAUUAUGCGUCACCGGCUGUGCAAGCCUUUGCUGAAUCAGCCCAUGCGCGCACGUUGCAGGAGGAGUUGGCCAGCCAAAAUUCCAUUAUCUAUGAUGAGUUUCAUUUGCCUAAGAUACCGAAGGGUGCUGGAUCUACACAGGGAACGUUUUUCGUUGACGGUCGUCACCACAUGGUCUCUUUCAUCACUAAGAUCAUUCCCUCACCGGACUGGUUCAUCGGUUUGGAUUCGUACAAUCUGUGCUCCGAAGGACGAUGGCUCGACAAUAUAACCGUUGAUCUACACCCCGUGGAUGCAGGUACCAGCAAUGGACUUACUUUCACUUCUCCCAAAUGGCCAACCAAUCCACCGAAUGUGAUCGAGAAAAUUACGGCCCGCUAUCCCAAUCAUUUUGCCAGUAGCUUCUUUUAUCCGGAAAUCAAACACCUUCCAGUUAUCGCAAAGGUGACAUUCACGAAGAUUCAUGAGUACCACGGAACGGAUAACGCCCACAAGAAGAUGAAAAAGCUCAAGAACAAGCAACGCAAACGUUUGCUGAAGAAGUUGGCCCUCUUCAACCGGAAGCAGGAAAACGAAACCGUCAAGCAGAUCAACGACUGCGAGGUCAGCAAGUGGUCCGAGUGGAGCGCAUGCAGCCAGUCGUGUGGGUUGGGCAAGCGCACUCGCACGCGGGUCGUGGUGAAACACUCGAAGGAUCAAGGGCUGGAUUGUCCGCGGCUGAUGGAAACACAGUGGUGUGGUUCGGCGAGGGAGUGCACUGACGGUGAGAGUUAUUUUCGGUGGUAGUUUGUCUCGAGGAGGACCCUUGAGUGUUGAGAUCAAUAUAUUGUUGGACUGAUACAUGAAA